GCUUCUCCCUCUGCUUCAGUUUAUUUGAUCCUCCACCCUCAUCCACGUUGGGUAUACUUUGUCAUACAAGACAUGGCAAGACUUUGUUGUUUGCCAUCAGUAUUACCUGUGAUGUUUGCCCUGUUUUUACAAACCUGCGAAUCCACUUUAAAUAGAGUAAUUUCUGAGAGUUACAGAGCCACUGGAGUCUUCCUGCUUAUUGAAGGAGGAACCUACUACACCUUGAACUUCACAGCUGCCAGAGAUGCCUGUCUUUCACUAAAUGUCACCAUGGCGACGGAAUAUCAGAUAUCAAAAGCAGUCACACAUGGACUGGAAACGUGCAAAUAUGGCUGGAUAGCUGAACAGAUUGCCGUCAUCCCACGAAUUUCCCCUAAACAAAACUGUGGCCAGGGCAAUAUCGGGGUAGUGUCAUGGAAGACAUCAGCAGAUAAAAAGUUUGGCGUCUUCUGCUUCAAUGCAUCCGCAUUAACAGAUUUGGAGACAACAGCCAGCCCACAAUCCCCCACAUCUCCAACUCCACUGACAACUCAAACCACACAUUUGGUCACAUCAACAACAAAGUCCAUGUCCUCAACAAAAAAGUCAAUAACAGGAAAAUCUCAGCCGACACUUCAGCCCACACCCUCAACUUCAGCUUCUGAUGUACUUGUCAAGACAUCGCGGUCAGCAAGGAUUUCUUCCUCUGCCACCCCUUCUUUUAAAACGUUCUCAACCCAUAUUCCUGUUUCCUUGCCUCCGAUUACCACUCUGAACCCCCCUGGUACCACUUUUACCUUUUCUGCUUCCACUCAUGCCUUCAGUUUCCCACCUUCCUCUGAGUCGGUGCUGCCACAGACUGAGAGCUCCACAAAACCAUCUCUAGGAGCUUUACAUGUAACAGUUAUUGUUCUUGGCAUCAUUCUUCUGCUCCUGACUGCAGCAAGUGCUAUGUGGUACUUUCAAGUGAAUGUUUUCAGGUGCUUGUCUCACUGGCAGCAGAUGGAUAACAUCGAGACAGAGAUGUGGAAUUUUACUGAUAAUGAUAUGAACCAACUCGGCCAGUAUGGACCGCAAGGAGAUGAUGAUGAUGACGAUGAAGAAGAAUCAGACCACAAGUACUCCAGUGAUAUCACUCUGUGUGUGAGAUCAGACAUCAAAGCAAACUCUUCAGAGUAAUAUGACCAUUUUGUGCAAGUUUUUGUAGACACAGCUGUGUUGUCUGAUAAAAAACAAGAUUAGAAGAUCAUUUACGUCAUAAACUCUUCGGUUGAUUGUUGUACUCAUAAAAAUCCUUUAUACAGCCUGAUGCAGGACUCUUCUGGCUACAGACAACUGACUCUGGCUCUAUGUUUAGACUUGCUGUCAUAUACACAUGAAUGAAGGUGGAAGCCAACAUAUGCUUCGCUCCUAGUGGUGGAGAAAAAACAACACAAAUAUGUAACUGACACAGACCAUAUUGUAAAAUAAUAUUGAAAAUAUACAAUAAUAAUAGUGUGACCUAUAUUUCUGUAUUACAGACAACCGAUACUAACAAACAAGCUUUCAAAGUAAUACUAUUAUUACUUUUAUUAUGAAAAUAAAUUGUGUUAAUGUUAUUUACAAGUGUCUUCUACCCCCAAACACAUAUACACACACAUAGACAUAUGCAUAUCUAGAUUUAGCACAAAAAGUCAGGUAAUUUGUGUUUGGGCAAAUAUUUCUUUGUAACUUUGCAUCUUGGCAAUAAAUACUGUUGCAAAGCCUGUUUAUUUCCUCUUAAAGGGCGCCAUUUAAUUCCCAAAGAAAUGCAUGUGUGGAUUGUGCAGCAGAGACGAGUAUGAACAACUUACCAAAUCUUCUCUGCCAAUCGAGUAAAAGUACAUUUAUUUGCAUUUAUUUCACGUAAAAUAGCAAAAAAUAUAUACUUCCAAAUACACAUGGGUACAUGUUGUUACCAACGCAGCAACAUGGCGGCGGUAAUGAGUCGUUUCGGUAUUUACUCACCGACAUAAAACCAGCGAAGAAGACGACAACUCCAGAGCCAAACCGUUGUUGAUUUUUUUUUUUUU